GAGCAUGUGUGUGUACCGCUUAGCAGUCAGCAUUUAGAGAUGGCCGCUGAAAAGCAAAACGAAGCUAAAGUUUCCCCCAUGGAUGAAAAUAAAGAAAAUUUGCCGGACGGUGGACUUGGACUGGAAAUUUUGCAGAUAAUCAAGGAGUCCCAGCAGCAGCAUGGCCUCAGGCACGGAGACUACCAGAGAUACAGGGGCUACUGCUCCCGCAGACUGCGUCGCCUGCGCAAGACUCUUGGCUUCAGGAUGGGCAACCGACACAAGUUCAUUGGCAAGAAGAUAACUGUGGAAAUAGUUUCUGACAGCAGGUAUCUGUUGCUGGUUUUGAUGGAGGCAGAGCGUGCAUGGAGUUAUGCCAUGCAGCUGAAGCAGGAGGCCAACACAGAGCCACGUAAGCGCUUCCACCUGCUUGCACGACUACGCAAGGCUGCCAAGCACAGCGAGAAGCUUGAGAAACUCUGUGAAAGCCCCCGUGUCGAUGCCAAGACCAAACUUGAGGCGCAGGCCUACACUGCAUACCUGACUGGUAUGGUGGAGUUUGAACUGCAGGAGUGGAAGCGUGCCAUGGAGGCCUUCAACAAGUGCAAGACCAUUUAUGAGAAGUUGGCCAGUGCUUUCACUGAGGAGAUGGCAGUUCUGUACCGGCAGCGUGUGGAUGAGAUAUCACCCAACAUCCGCUACUGUGCUUACAACAUCGGUGACCAGAACGCCAUCAAUGACCUAAUGCAGAUGAGACUAACUGGUGGUGGAGGAGGCAUGAUGGCUGAGAAACUAGAGGCCCUGAUCACUCAGGCAAGAACCAAGCAGGCAGCCACCAUGAGUGAGGUGGAGUGGCGAGGGCGGACGGUGCCCGUCAAGAUCGACAAGGCCCGCAUCUUCUUGUUGGGUCUGGCAGACAACGAGGCGGCUAUCGCUCAGGCAUCUAACGAGGAGACCAAAGAGCAUCUAUAUGAGACCCUGCUGGCCGAAUGCAGAGACACCAUCCAGGCUGUGAGAGAGGAACUCAAGAGUGAGGCGAAGCAGCGAGAGAGGAGCUCCGAUGCUGACAGUGGAAAGGUGUCCAACCUGCAGUUCCUGCACAGUUACCUGACCUACAUCAAGCUGUGUACGCUGGUGAAGAGGAAUGAGAGCAUGGCCCAUACUCUGCAGGCUAAACUAAAGGAACCUGAAGCCGACGAGAACAAGAGAGGACCCCGUCCACAGGACCUCAUCCGCCUGUACGACAUCAUCCUGCAGAGUCUGGCUGAGCUCUCCACCCUGCAGGGUCUGGAGGACGACCACACCUUCCAGAAGGAGGUGUCCCUCAAGACCCUGGUGUACAAGGCCUACAGGUGUUUCUUCAUAGCCCAGUCUUAUGUGCUGGUGAAGAAGUGGAGUGAGGCAUUGGUGCUGUAUGAGAGGGUGCUGAAGUAUGCCAAGGAGGUCCAGUCUAAGGCCAAGAGCCUCAACAACAGCCUCAAGGAUCUCCCUGACGUUCAGGAGCUCAUUGCUGAGGUUAACGCUGAAAAAUACUCUCUCCAAGCUGCUGCCAUCUUAGACACUGAUGAGACUGCUGAAGCUCCCUCUCAGCAGCAGGUGAAAGACAACACGCCCCUCUGCAACCGCCUGGAGACCUUCCGCCUCGACCCCGCCCUCGUAGGAAAGCAACCCAAUCUGGUCCAGUUCCCUCCUGACUUCCAGCCAAUCCCCUGCAAGCCCCUUUUCUUCGACCUUGCUCUCAACCAUGUGGCCUUCCCACCCCUGGAUGACAAGGUGGAGCAGAAGGGCAAGGGUGGUCUCACCGGUUACAUCAAGGGCAUCUUCGGUUUUGGCAGUUAAAUCAGUCUCCAAGCUUUGCUCUCCACAGGAGGACCACCAGGCCCUCUGUUUACCACCAACAACCAGACUUGCGUCAUUUGAUAAUUAGAUUGAUUUCAGUUAUGUUUGAUUUUUAGUGCCUAAGUGCAAGAUGGGUCGAGUUUGCAGCUCUGUGGAAGGUAGAGUGAGUCUAAUCUUCCAAGCAAGAUAAUGAAUCAAGUCCACAUGCCACCAUCAGUAAUAACACCAACCUGCGUGAGUUCCUAGAAUAAGGCUCCCUGCUUAAUUUGACAUUAACUGGAGCUUUCUCUGUGGCUUUCAUGUUUUAGAGGUUGCAAUACCAAGGUUUUGAUUCAAAUUCAACAAAGUUGCCAAUCUCACAGUCCUUUCACAGCAAACUCAGCCACUUGGGCACCACUAGGUUUUUGUCUUUUUCAGUGUUAUGUAAGCGCCUUCAUCUAUUUCUCUUCUUCUUCUUUUUCUUUGUGUGAGAGAUGUUUUCAGCAUCGGCUCUCAAACAUAAAAUGUACAAAGUGCAGUUUUGCAUCGGCACCUACGUCAGCUUUAAAAACAAUGUGGCACUCAUCAAACCAUCAAUAUCCUGGGACAAACUGAAGCUGCAUUAUCAGCCGAGAUAGUUUCAGAAGACUUCAGCCGUGUCCCACUUCUGCCCUUCACCCUUCUCUCUGCUCUCUCCUCCUUUUGAAUGUGCAAUAAGGCACCAAUUUAUGAUUAAAAAAAACUCAGCCCACCACAUCUUUCUCCUUAAACUGGAUAUGAUUUGCUGUUGAAGCACAAGAAGAAAUCCACCUCGACACUGUUUGUUGUCCGUCUUUUUUAAGUGGCGUCUGAUGUGUCCAUGUCAUUUAAACAGUAAUACAACCAAGACCUCUUCGAAUGGAGGAAGACUGAACUGAGGAAAAAAAGUUAUGGCAAGAACUGGUUUGAGCUUGAAAGUUGUAGGUGCGUUAACAGGACGAUGAAAGACAAAGCCAUGACUCGAAAUGUUGUUUUUCUUCUUCCUCAAAAAAAAUGCAGGAUAGUUCAGUGUUUUAAUUGGUCAACCAUCAACUGCAGCUUAUAUGUUGUAUGACAUUUGACACUAAACUUGCCGUCUACAUGGAAGCGCAAGCCUCGUUUUUAACACCCAUCAAUGCCUCACAUUAUCAGUGCACACAGGGUCUGCUGGCUGAUGAGAGCACUGAAGUGGGAAAUAAUUGUAAGUUCCGCUCUUCAAACUAAUUGAUUCCUCUUUUUAUUUGGACUUUUUCCAUUUACAUUUCAGCAGACUGACUGUUGUUGGACAGCAGUUUUCAGCAGCUUCUUAUUCGCCUCACCACCACGCCUGUGUGUCCAUCAUGAGUCGGACUAAAAUGUUUUCAUCACCAGUGACAUGUCUAUGGAUGUACUGUAAUACUCAAGUAAUCGUAAUAACUUGUUUGCCAGCCAUAAUGUCCAAAGCAGCUCAUUUUCUGUGACCCUUCAGGGACCUGGUUUCUGUUACUCGCCCACUCGUACAGCUAACUUUGGCUCACUCAUAUUUAUCAGUGUCUUGGUUUUUUUUUUUUUUUUUUUUUCUUCCCCUCCCUCUCAGUGUUUUAUGUAGGAAAAAAUAAGAUGGAAGUGCUGGAAUAGUUCCAGCACUUUACAAUUAGCCUGGAAGACAAUUAGUCAAUAGUGGAAAGAGAAGUGAAAUGAUGAGAAUGUAUCAUUUGGUUUAAUUUCCAGGCCUGUGAUUAAAAUAUAUUUACACCAAAUGGUUUUCUUGAUAUUUGUUGUUCACUAGUUCUGUGGACAUUCCAGUGACAUUAAUUAAAGGGUAUUCAUUCAGAGAUACCCAAAUACCGCGAUGGAGGAGAAAAGGGCUUUUUUGUGAAGAUUUAGUUAGAACAGUUACAAAAUCAAACCCCAUGUUUUACAGAAUUAAAGAAGAAAUUCCAAAGGAACUGAAGAGGUGUGACUAUAGCGCCUCAGUCUUGAGCGUGGGUGUGUCAGAGUGCGUAGGAUGCCUCAGCAGGGUGUGAGUGUGUUGAGGUUUACUUUGUGUAAAUGCAUUUUCAUAAGAAUGAGUAAUUGUAUAGGUUUGCUUGUUAAACACUUGCAGCGGUGCAAUUACUUUUUACCUACAUUUUAAUGUCAAAGUCAUAAAUAUACUUAAUUAAGUGAAUGAACUGUCUCCUUAACACACACACUCUACCUGAUGUCUAAUCUGCUGUCUGUCAUCACUCUCCUAUACACACAUUCCUUUGUCACUGUAGAAACACACAUACUCUCUGGAUGGACUGAAGGUAUUUGUGCCUCGAUGAGGUGGAAAUAAAAGAUUAUCUGCUGGAAGAAACCAGUGAUGUGACAGUAUCACUA